AUAUCAUAUGCAACUCUUAAAAGUUUGCAAAAGGUUCUGCUCGAUCUUAUAAAAUGUACCAAAAGACCUUGUAGAUUUGAAACAUGUUAACUUUUUGAAGGUUAAGACAGCUUAUCUUGAAUAACUGAAGGAUUAAUAUAUUCUGAGUUUAGAGUUUACAAAAAGUCCAAAUGAGACAGACGAUGCAAUGAAUAUAACAAACAAUGUUGAACUAUAGAUUGAUCCAGAACUAACUGUUAAGGAGUUUGUUGAAAAUUGUCAGGAAUAUGUACAGUUCAGAUUGCUAUUUAGUUAAAAGAUAAUGUUACUCUAUAUUCGAUUGACAAAGUACCAUUAGCUGGUGUUAAUACAAUGGAAUAAAUAAUAAAAGAACCUUUCUAUUUAUUGACAAACAAUCAACAUCUAUUUUUUGUGAAAUAGUUAUCAGGUUAUGAUAAAGACGAUUAUUCUUAUAUGUAAACGAAUAAAUAAAUUUAAGUAAAUCAUAUUUCACUCGUAAACAUGUACCAAUGUUAGAAAAGAAUAUUCUAAUCUAAUAUUUGGUUAGAAUGGAUUAUGUGUUAUAAUAAAAUUUCAAGACAACAUUUUUUAAAAACUAUUCUUCAUCUCAAUAGAAGAUAGAAUAUAAUGAUCUGGUGAAAGUUAUUCUUGAUUCUUACACAAACAUGAGAAAUACUUAAUCAGAUCAUGAGGCAGAUAUGUACACUUAGUAUUUUGAAUUGAAAAAAGCAAAAGAAUUAUUAGAAGAGAAAAGAAAGGAAUUAAUGGAUGCUGCAAUAAGAUUUGCUAAAAUUUAAAUGUUUGGUGGAUUUUUAGUUUUAUGUGGACAUUUCUGUUUCAUGGGUGCUGGUAUUUAUGUAUACUAUAAUUGGGAUGUAAUGGAACCUAUAGGUUAUUUUUUGAAUACAGGAGGGAUGAUCUAUUUGUCUUAUUAAUAUUUUAAGUAUUAAUUAAAAAUAAUAAUAGAUUGAAUGAUGAAUGGUCACAUAGUAAAUUCUCAAAUUAUUUGAUUAAUAAAAACUUUGUAAGAUUGAGUCGAUCAAACAAUUUCGAUAUAGAGAAGUUGGAUUAGAUAAAUAAAUAGAUCUAAGAGAUUUAGGAUAGAAUAAAAACAAAUAUCAUUACAAAUUUAUGA